UGGCAGUUGGUUCCGCAGGAAGCUGCUGGGGUAGGGGUGAGGGUGCUAGGCGUCCCCCCAGCUCCCCACCCCUUCUCCUCGGGACACCUGCGUGCACAGCGCUGAGGGGUGGGGGAAGGGCUCCCUGCUUCAAGAACUCCUGUCUCCUGUGCCCGUCCCAGCCGCCUGGGUUGGCCCACCGCUGGGAACCAAGGCAGCGGGUAGGCGGGCAGGCACGGUUGAAAAAGAGGAAGCUGGGGUACAGCCGGUGCCCCUGUGGUUAUGCCAGGCCCUUGCCGGCCAGCAUUCCCCUUGGACUGACCCGAAACCCCGGCCAUGGGCCGCGGGCGCUGUGGCGGGAGCAGGUAGCCGGGCUGGGCACCCACGGCACCGAGAACCAGGCUCCAUCUGGCUCUGAGCCCAAGUCAUGUGUCCAGCCCUUUGACCCUGGAGCUACAGCCUCUGCCACCAAGAACAGCAGGAAACCCUGGAGGCCUGAGAACCCCGACUUCUUCUCCACCAUGGGGGAUGAGCAGGAGGAUGACUUACCGAGGCAGCUCAGUGAGAGCAUGGAGGACCUCAGCCUGGAUUUGGGGGCCCUUCAGGGCAGCGAGUAUCUCCAGGACCUGGGCCUCAGGGCCCCUUCCCACAGCCCGCCUGGGGUGGCCAAGGGCAGCGGCCCCCCUAGCGAAGAAACUGGAGCAGACUUGCCCUUCUCCAGCUUGGCGGAGUCCCAGAGCCUGCCACCACAGCGGCGCAGCUGGGAGAGGUCACGGAGCUGCUCAGAUAGCUGGCGGAGGCUCAGCCUCGACGCUUCGCCUGUGGAUGAGGGAGCCUGUCUCCCUCGGACACUGGCUAGUCUUGCUCUGAACCUGCCAGGAGAAGGGCUGAAGAUGUGGACUCAAGGGUGUCUGCCCAGGGACAGGACCCCAGCAGAACAGCCAGGCAAGGAAUGUGACAGCCACGAGAAAAGAGUGAGGUCACAGUCAGUUCCAGUGUCCUUUUAUGAGAUCAGCUCCCUGGAAAUCUCUCCGGGUUUGGAAGUGCCCCCUGCACCCGUUCAAGGCCUAGAACCCCCAGUGCUGGAGUGCAUUGAAAAGGACCACGUGGAGCCAGACCACGUGUUGAUUGUUCAACAAGUGCUUCAAGAACUUCGGCAGUACCAUGGGGCCCGGCAGAGGGCUUGCCUGUCAGCCAGCCCCGGAGGAGCCCACUCGAACCUCACCUGGUUUGAGUUUCUGUCGGAGAGCGAGGACGGUGCUGGCAAGAACGAGAAGAGUGAGAAAAGCACCGGGGUGAAGCGUAGGCUGAGCUGCCUCCGAAGUCGAGUCACCAGGCAGAAGGAGAAGGUGAAGAGCCCAGUACAACUAAAGGAGAAAGGCCAAGAUGCUCGGGAGAAGCGAGAGUGUGUCAGCGGACACCAGCUGGUGCAAGGGACCUUCUUCAGCCACUCCAGCUGCUGCCCCCUGUGUGGCAAACCCUUCCUGAGCUCUGCCUCACUCAAGGAGCACCCCCGGAGCACCCUCCUGUCCGAUGGCAGCCCAGCCCUGUCCAGGAAUGUUGGCAUGACGGUCUCGCAGAAAGGAGGUCCCCAGCCAACACUGAGCCCGGCUGGAACUGGGACAAGACUUGGACCAUUCACAGGAGAGAUGGAUGAAGCAGAUUCCGCGUUUUUAAAAUAUAAGCAGGCAGCCGAUGACUCCCUUUCACUUGCAUCUUCGAAUGCCGAGUCCAUUUUCAUAGAAGACCCCUACGCUGCCUCGUUGAGGAGCGAGAUCGAAUCAGACGGCCACGAGUUCGAGGCCGAGUCCUGGAGCCUUGCUGUGGACUCAGCCUAUGCCAAGAAACAGAAGAGGGAGGUGGUGAAAAGACAGGAUGUCCUUUAUGAGCUGAUGCAGACGGAGGUGCACCACGUGCGAACACUCAGGAUCAUGCUCCGGGUGUACUUCAGGGCCCUGCAGGAGGAGCUGCAGUUCAGCUGUGCUGCCAUCAGCCGCCUCUUCCCCUGCGCCGACGACCUGCUGGAGAUGCACGGCCACUUCCUCUCCCGGCUCAAGGAGCGCCGCCACGAGUCCCUGGAGGAGGGCAGUGACCGGAAUUACAUCAUCCAGAAAAUUGGGGACCUCUUGGUACAGCAGUUUUCAGGUGAAAAUGGAGAGAGAAUGAAAGAAAAAUACGGAUUGUUUUGCAGCGGCCACAAUGAGGCAGUCAGUCAGUACAAGUUGCUGUUGCAGCAAAGCAAGAAAUUUCAAAACUUGAUCAAGAAAAUCGGCAACUCAUCCGUCGUGAGGCGGCUGGGCGUGCAAGAGUGUCUUCUCCUGGUGACGCAGCGCAUAACCAAAUACCCGGUGCUGGUGGAGCGCAUCAUUCAGAACACGGAAGCUGGCACCGAGGACUACGAAGACCUGACCCAGGCCCUGAAUCUCAUCAAGGACAUCAUCUCGCAAGUAGACGCCAAGGUCAGCGAGUGUGAGAAGGGCCAGCGCCUCAGGGAGAUUGCAGGGAAGAUGGACCUGAAGUCCUCCAGCAAACUCAAGAAUGGGCUCAGCUUCCACAAGGAGGACAUGCUUCGGCGGCAGCUCCACCUGGAGGGCACACUGUGUUGGAAGACCACGUCCGGGCGCUUAAAAGAUGUCCUUGCCGUCCUGCUGACCGACGUGCUUCUGCUGCUACAAGAAAAGGACCAGAAGUACGUCUUCGCCUCUGUGGACUCAAAGCCCCCCGUCAUCUCUUUACAAAAACUCAUCGUGAGGGAGGUGGCCAACGAGGAGAAGGCGAUGUUUCUGAUCAGCGUCUCCCUGCAAGGACCCGAGAUGUACGAGAUCUACACGAGCUCCAAAGAGGACAGGAACGCCUGGAUGGCCCACAUCCGAAGGGCUGUGGAGAGCUGCCCCGACGAGGAGGAAGGGCCCUUCAGCGUGGCCGAGGAGGAAAGGAAGGAGAUUGAGGCCCGAGCCAUGAGACUCAGGGACUUCCAAGAGAAGUUGAGCCAGAAAGAUCAGCUGAUUGCGCAGAGCCUCCUGGGGAAGCAGCAGAUCUACCUGGAGAUGGCUGAGAUGAGUGGACUCGAGGACCCUCCCCAGCCCCGCACCCUCUUCCGAGGAGGGGACCCCGCCGAGACCCUGCAGGGGGAGCAGAUCCUUAAGUCGGCCAUGAGUGAGAUCGAGGGCAUCCACACCCUGCUCUGCAGGCGGCUGGGCAGUGCCAACGGGCAGGCGGAGGACGGAGGCAGCUCUGCGGGCCUGCCCCGGAGGGCCGAGACCUUCGGGGGCUACGACAGCACCAACAGCCCCAGCAAGAAUGGCAGUUUUAAGAAGAAAGUCGGCAGCAACGACCCCAGGCCCCGAGACUGGCGAGGCCCCACGAACAGCCUGGACUCAAAGCUCAGUGACGGCGAUGCCCAGGGGGGCUCUGAGGAAUCCCCACAGGUGGAAGCGCCUGGCACGGAGUGUGGCCCCCGUCUGCCCGCCGUCCUGGAGUCGGAGCUGGUGCAGCGGAUCCAGACACUGUCUCGGCUGCUCCUGAGCCUCCAGGCUGUCAUCGCGCAGCAGGACAGCUACGUGGAGACGCAGCGGGCGGCCAUCCAGGAGCGGGAGAAGCAGUUCCGGCUGCAGUCAACGCGCGGAAACCUGCUGCUGGAGCAGGAGCGGCAGCGCAACUUCGAGAAGCAGCGGGAGGAGCGCGCGGGCGUGGAGAAGCUGCAGGGCCAGCUGCGGCAGGAGCAGCAGCGCUGGGAGCGCGAGCGCCAGCGGCAGCAGCAGGAGCUGGCGCGCGCGGGCGCGCAGCUGCAGGAGCGUGAGGACGAGGCGCGGCAGCUGCUCGAGCGGCUGGGGCAGGAGCGCGCCGAGCUAGAGCGCCAGCGCCAGGCCUACCAGCACGACCUGGAGCGGCUGCGCGAGGCCCAGCGCGCCGUGGAGCGCGACCGGGAGCGCCUGGAGCUGCUGCGCCGCCUCAAGAAGCAGAACACGGCGCCGGGCGCGCUGCCGCCCGAGUCGCUGGGCGAGGCCCAGCCCCCAAGCCACCCUCCCAGCUUCAACGGAGACGGGCUGGAGGGGCCCCGGGCGAGUGUGCUGCUGUCCGGUGCGGGGCCUGAGUAUGCAGAGCGGCCCGAGGUGGCUCGCCGGGACAGUGCCCCCGCCGAGGGCCGGCUGGCCAAGAGUGACGUGCCCAUCCAGCUGCUCAGUGCCACCAACCAGAUCCAGAGGCAGGCGGCCGUGCAGCAGCAGAUCCCCACCAAGCUGGCCGCCUCCACCAAGGGCGGCAAGGACAAGGGCAGCAAGAGCAGGGGCUCCCAGCGCUGGGACAGCUCGGCAUCCUUCGACCUAAAGCAGCAACUGCUGCUCAAUAAACUCAUGGGGAAGGACGAGAGCGCCUCGCGGAACCGCCGGUCACUGAGCCCCAUCCUGCCCGGCAGCCACGGCCCUGCGCCACCCCCAGACUCCUGCUCCCCAGCCCCGGUGGACAGCCCCUCCGACUGCUUCUCCUUCAAGGCCGGGGGCACAUCCCUACCACCUGUGCCCCCAUCCCCCUCGCCACUGCCAGCCACACCACUCACCACCAAGGACGAAGCCCCCAAGGAAGACGUCAUCUUCUUCUAAAAUGGCCAGGGCUUGAGGUGCCGACCCCUCCCUGCCCUGCCCACUCUACAUGCUCUCUGGGGAUCCCCGCAGGGUCACCAUGCCCGCCAGCUGUCCCCUCCCCUUCCCGAGCAAACCACCGAUGACCGCCUGGCCGGGGCGUCCUGUUGGUGCUUUGGGUCUCGAGGCUCUUUCUGUAGGAUUAGCGCUGGUGCCUGGGUCACUUUCUAAACCUCUUUUUGUUUUUGUUUUCAAAAUGGAAAGUUUUUAAUUGAAGGUUGAACCAGAGCUAAACCAGGGAGCUGUUUUAAAUUGUAGCACCCCAUUUGGGUAGCAGGCAGAUCAGCCCUAAGCCGUGUGUCCAAGGCAGUGAGGGGUGGUAGGGCUGGUUCUGCAGGGGCCAGAGGACAGGACAGACCUCGGUCCAGGAAGGAGCUGCUGGCCCCGGCCGGGCACCUUGGCCGGUAGGAGAUGCUGGAGCGGGUAGUUAGGGGCACACGCAGGUUCGUGGUGAACCUCGGGGCCAGGGAAUGAUCUGGGCCCAGGUUGGACACAGCCAGCCCGGGGGCAGAGAAGGCCACAGGACAGGGCCAGCCAAGGGCAUGGCUCUUGGCGCUCCAGGGGGUUCUGUGGGUCCAGAAGCUCAUCUUGAAAGGGCCUGACCUUUUUGUCCUUUUAACUUGACAGAGGUUUUGAACCCACCCGCCCUUCCUCAUGCACUUGGCCUGAGAGGCCGAGCCUCACACUUCAGCUAGGGCCAGCACACACCCCAGGUGGAGGGUCCUCAGCCCACCGGAAAUGAGCUAGCGUUUCCCGGGUGAGCGGAGGAAGCCCCAGAGCCGGUGUCCCACCUGCCCAUGGGUGUUGACACCACACAUCCCAGGUGUGGGGAGGAAACGCCUGGAGAUGCUGUCAGCCAGUGGACCAAUGUCACCUUGCAGGCCCCUGGCUUGCAGUAGCUGUUGCAGCCCAUGUCCACUGCCCUGGAUGAGUGGAGGUGGGGCAUUGGGGAUGGUGUCUAAUGUCCAGCAUCGUCCCAAGUGGCACGUGGGCCCCAGCUAGAGCCAAGUCAUUCUCCCAAACGCAGUGUCCGGGCAGCGCAGCAAGAAGACUCUGCCUCCUCCCAGUGCAGGGGCAGAGCCGCCCCAUGAUGCCUAACACAGGGGUGGGGACAUUCCCACCACUCGGGGAUAGGCGGGCACAGGAGAGGGGAAAUGACCUCGGGAAUUGUUCACCCUGUUGCCGAGGUGCCGCUCAGGGCCACGAGCUCGGGAGGGGACGGGAUAGAGGCAGGCGAUGACCAGGAACGUCUCAGUGGCACAGCCAGUCGGUGACAAGGUGCCAAGAGCAGCAGCUUCUAGCAUCACCUGGGCACAGCGAGUGACCUGGUGUCCCCAGGCUCCUGGCCCUUGGGAGCCCCUCGACUUCCAAGCCUGGUCCUUUUGUCCUCGGCAGCUCUCGGCCCUGCGACCUAAGUGUCCCCACCCUGUCGAUCUCGUCUGUGCCAUGCUGAUAAUCAGUGUUUUUUAUUUUUAUACUGAGAAGUACUGGAGCACUUUAGAAGAGCUGACCUCACGGUCCCGUUCUGUUGUGAAGAGGACAUUCCCGGGCCCACCUGAGCUGGCGUGCCCUGGUGCCACCCUCUGAGACGCCAUGAUUCCUUGGACAAGAAGUCUGAGGAAUCUCUGCUUGGCCACGAGGCAGAGGGGUCUCUCAGUCAUGCCACGCAGUAGGACAGCAUCGUCGGCCCUUCUCUCACUGGAACCCUCAGUCACUCCUGGGUGGAGCCCAGUGUUAUCUGUAAAGUUGACGGUCGGAUCUGUGCAUGUCCUCGUCAGUCGUGUCCACCUGCUAAUUGUUUUUACAAUGAUUGUGUUUCCUCACCGGGGGAUAUUUCAGAACCGCCCUAGAACUUAAGACCUGACUCUAGCAAUAAAAGUGUCUAAGAUGA